GAGUGAACCAUCAUCUUAUAUACAAAAAUGCUUAGACUCGCUCUGAAAACACCACUCAGCCGUUUUGGUAGCCGUUCCCUUCAUCUCACCAGCAGAACCAACGAAUUACAAAAGUUCGCUUUCCCAGCUAUGUCACCAACUAUGACUGAAGGUGGUAUCGCCUCAUGGAAAAAGCAAGCAGGCGAAUCUUACAGCGCUGGCGAUGUUCUCUUAGAAAUUGAGACUGAUAAAGCUACUAUGGACGUUGAAGCACAAGACGAUGGUGUUUUAGCAAAAAUUAUAGUCGGCGACGGCAACAAGGCUAUCCCAAUUGGUACCCCAAUCGCUAUCCUUGGUGAGGAGGGCGACGAUUUAUCCGGCGCAGACGCACUCGCAGAGCAAGCAUCCAGCGAGAAGCCAGCUGAGCAAUCAGCUGAGAAGUCAGAAGAGAAGCCAGCUGAAAAGCCAGCUGAGAAAUCAGAACCAGCACCAGCUACUCAAUCAAAGGAAUCCUCAGCUGAGCCACAAGGUCCACGCCAAACUAUUGCUGCUACUCCAAUUGCACGCAAGUUGGCUCUCGAAAGAGGUGUCCCCCUCAAGGAACUUAAGGGUACCGGUCCAGACGGCCGCAUCACAAAGCAAGACGUCGAAAAGUACAAGUCUGCAGCUCCACAAAAGCAAUCCUCAGCUCCAGCUGCUGCUACCUACGAAGAUAUCCCAGUUUCAAACAUGAGAAAAGUUAUCGGUCAACGUUUGUCUGAAUCAAAGUCACAAACUCCUCACUACUACGUCACCUCAGACGUUGACCUCUCAAAGCUUCUCAAGUUGAGAUCAGUUUUCAAUAACGCAGCUGAAUCUGAAAAGAGAGCCAAGUUGUCUGUUAACGACUUCAUUCUUAAGGCCGUCGCAAUCGCAUUGAAGCAAGUCCCUGAAGCUAACCAAGCUUGGUUGGGUGAAAACAUCCGUCAAUACCACCAAGCCGAUAUUAGCGUAGCUGUUGCAACCCCAUCCGGAUUGAUCACACCAAUCAUCAAGAACGCUGGUGCUAAGGGUUUGGCUGAAAUCAGUGCAGAGACUAAGGCUCUUGCAGUUAAGGCCAGAGAUGGUAAGCUCAAGCCAGAGGAAUACCAAGGUGGUACUUUCACAAUCUCAAACCUUGGUAUGUUCGGUGUUGAUAGCUUCACCGCUAUUAUCAACCCACCACAAAGCUGUAUCCUCGCAGUUGGUGCUAGCUCACCAAAGUUAGUCUUGGACAACACCACUGAGAAGGGCUUCAGAGAAAUUCAAGCACUUAAGCUCACUUUGUCAUCUGACCACCGUGUCGUUGAUGGUGCUAUCGCAGCCAGAUUUUUGGCAGCACUCAACAAAGUUCUCGCUGAUCCCCUUUCAUUGAUGCUCUAAACUUAGGUCUAAGUUUAUAAAAAUAGAAUAAUACUCUUUCAUUUCCUUUUGUCUUUUCUUUAAAGUUUAAAUACAUAUAAAAAUACAGAAUUAUAAAUAUCAGCAUUAUGAUUUGCAUAUUA